AUGGACAAAAAGCAACAUUCAAAAUCAACUGCUAGUGGAUCAUCUUCUCCUUCCACAAUAAAUAAACCAAAAAAAUCAUCAUCAACAAUAGCAGCAGCAUCACUACCAAGAACAACGACAAGCAGAAAUGCAGUACUUCCUCAAACUGCUCGUCGGAUUCUUCAAAAUUUUCUUUUGGUUUGGCUUGAUGUCGAUUUUGAUGCGUCCAAAGACGAUUAUGAAAAACCAAUGAAACAUCUGCAACAUAUAGUGGCAACGGUCGCAGUGUUUACAGACGUUGAUAAAUCCAUUGAUUUUCUCACUGACAUUGAGAACGAAAAAGUAUUUAUGAUCGUAUCAGGUGCCCUGGCACAACAUAUAAUACCGAUAAUUCAAGAAUGCCCACAGUUAGUCUCAAUUUAUAUUUUAUGUGACAAUCAAUCAAUUCAUGAGGAAUGGGCCAAAACAAUACCUAAAGCAAAAGGUAUAUACACACAAAUCGAACCGAUUUGUAAAGCAUUACAAAUCGAUCAAAAAAAUUGUGAUCGAGCUAUGAUCUCGAUAAGUUUUAAUAGAAUUGAUCCAUUAUUUAUGUAUACACAAUUGUUAAAAGAAGCACUUUUGCAAAUAGAAGAUGAUGAUGCAAAAUCGAUUAAGGAAAUCGUUGAAUAUUGUCGUCUUCAAGACGAUAUUUCCAAAACAACACUUGACAAGAUCGAACGAGAAUAUCGUAACCAUACAGCCAUUUGGUGGUACACAGGUCCAUAUUUUAUCUACUCAAUGCUUAAUUAUGGUCUUCGACAAAUGGAUGUUGAUAUUAUCCUGAAGAUGGGCUUUUUCAUCCGACAUCUACAUCAGCAUAUUACCGAAUUACAUCGUGAACAACAAGGAAACAUGCCAGCAAAAUUUCAAGUCUUCCGUGGACAAGGUUUGUCCAUGGAAGAUUUUGAAAAAAUGAAAAAAACCAAAGGAGGACUUAUGUCCUUCAAUAAUUUCUUAUCAACAAGUCGUAAUCGUGAGAUAUCUUUCAACAACUUUGCACGACCAGCUACAAACAAUCCUAAUUCAGUCGGCAUCCUCUUUAUUAUGAACAUUGAUACGGCUAUUUGCACAAAAUCCUCAACACCAUUUGCUGAACUUACAAUUGAAUAUUACAACUAUGGUUUUGAUCGAGUUUAA